ACUAGGAGCAAGGACGCUACUAGUAGCUCCUGGCCAUACUACUAGGAGCAAGAAGCUACUAGUAACAAGGGCAUUUCUACUAGGAGCAAUGACGCUACUGUAGCUCCUGGCCAUACUACUAGGAGCAAGAAGCUACUAGUAACAAAGGCAUUUCUACUAGGAGCAAGGACGCUACUAGAAGCUCUGGAGAUCCGUUUCUGACGGCUGAGGUCGGAUUUUCGACGCACAGCUCAAGAUAGGUUUUCCGAUUGAGGACGUAGUUCUUUACUCAACCGUCUGGCAUCGUGGAAGCCUCCAAGGACGUGUUCAGUUACAGCAGAUAUCGUAUUUUGCUUUGUUUCGUAUCAUAUCUAAGAAUUUAUCUUUUCCAUUGUCAUUUGUAUCUGACUCUGGGUGCUGCCAAUCGAUCUUGGAUUCCCAACUCAUGUAUUUCGUAGAAUGAACCUGGCGAGCUUACUCCUUUGUGGACAGGUGAACGGCUGUGUCCAGUCUGGUGGCUCCAUCAUGGCGGUGGCAUCUGGCCUUGGAAUGCAGCACUCGCCCAGGCCGAUUGCUGCAUCGCCGGUCUUUUCUGCAUUCCAGGGAGGAUCUCGCUCAACCACACCCACCAUGGCUUGCCAGGCUAUGGCCGCGCGGGCAGCUGGCACGGCAGCACCAGUGGUGGCACACAACAUCUCGAACCAGAAGCCGAGAUCCUCCUCGGCGCCGCGAGUUUCAAGCGUGACCUAUGCACAUGGAGCGAAUGUGCGGGCCUCCUCACAGCCCAUGCAGCCGAUGCUGCGCCAGGUUCCAGCUCAGCCAGUGCACGCACAGUUCUCUGGCGGGCCACAUCCCUAUGCGCGACAGGUGCUGGUCUCUGACCCUGCAGCGCGGGCAGUUUCGCCAGCAAACCACAUUGCUCAGAUGGCCAGAGCACCUGUCACCAGAGGCACUGUGGGCGGCUAUCCAACUAGGAAGGCUUCACCAACCAGCCCAGGUAUGUGCCAGGUCCAGAUUGGCCAGGCCCCAUUGGCCACCCGGGGCAGAUCGCCUGCGCCUGUGAUCACGCAAGGACUGCGUGCGCCCAGUGGCCCCAGGGCAGCGACGCCAAGCAUCGUGAAGCCGAUGGUGGCCGGUGUCCACGCAGGGAUGGUUGCUCGGCAUUCAUUGGGUGCCCAGAUCAAGCCUGGUUUCGUCGCAUGAUGGAUCCGACAAAAUAGAACAAAUGUACUGGUCACCGCAGAGUGCCUCGGACCUUGCAAGCUAAUGAGAAGCAGCCAGUUCCGCAUGUGCCACAUGCCAGAUCCAGUGUGAGUUGUUUUUGGCCAGGAGGUGCCUGCAUCGCAUUUGCUGAUAGGGCAUUCUGACAUUCCGUUGUUUCUUUUCUGGUCUUUUCUUGUGGCUGGAUCUGCCCAUCCAUUUCCAGCGAGCGAUGGGUUUGGUUGCCUAAUGUGGCAACAACAGAGUUGAGCCAAGCCGAAGUUCCAGGUGAGGGUCCGAAGUUGUCCUUCGUCCCUUUCCAGUGC